CCACAACAACAAGAAGCUGAAAAACAAGGAAGUGGAUAUUGUGAAGCAGCCGUAACCUGUUAUAAGGCCGUGACAAGAAGCGAAGAGCUCCGUUAAAUCUGAUAUUCCCCAGCCUCCGGAUCAGUUCAGAACAAUGAACAACAAAGGUUCAUAUCCACAGCAGGCUGUGUACCCUCAGCAGAGCUCUGCACCUGUAUACCCUCCUGCUAUGCAAAUGUCUCCUCAGGCACCUCCUUACACAGACACACCACCUGCAUAUUCUGAGAUAUACCAGCCCAGAUAUGUGCUUCCACAUCCGGUGCCCGGUCAGGUGGCACAGAUGUCCUCUCACUACCCUGGUGCUCAGAUGUUUAUGCCCAUGCAGCCACACAUGCCUGUUGGGCAAAUGGGCCAGAAUGUCCCCAUGGCAUACUAUCCCAUGGGGGCCGUGUACCCCCAUGGUUCAACAGUGAUGGUGGACAGCGGCUUUGAUGCUGGUGCUCGCUUCACAGCAGGCAGCGGUGUUUCCAUCCCACCCCCACCUCCUGGUCAUCCCCCCAAUGCAGCUCAGCUGGCUGCCAUGCAGGGUGCCAAUGUUGUAAUGACACAGCGCAAGAACAACUUCUUCCUGGGUGGAUCCAAUGGAGGUUAUACCAUCUGGUAACAGCAACUCUUCAACUCCUCCUCCAUGCCUAAACCGUGUCCCUGUCCCAAAUGAUGCCCCAGUUCUUACCCCAUCCCAUAUGCCUCCCUCUUCAGGCUGCUUGGCCAUGCCACAAUACUGAUAUCACCUAACGGAAUGUAAUAUUUUAGAGCCCUCGUGAAAGGUACAGUACUCCACUUCUGACCUAGAGAUCAAGUGAUGAAUGCCACUGCCUGGGGAGGACAAAUGCAACUUUUUAUUGUCGUAGAAUUCAUUCCAUAAUUCCCAUUGGGUCUAACCUCUUUGGUCAUUCCAGAUUGGACCUCUUUCAGGCAUCUGUAUUUGUUAAAGAGACCUGGUCUCUUUGAUCGAAUGGAUCACAAAUUACAUUGAGAUGUUCUUGCAUACCUGUAAAAGCUACGUAAAUUAAAUAUUGAAAUAUCCGACCCGCAUUAUAUAGUUUAGCUGCUUUAUGGUGAAAGUGAAAUGCAGUUACGAAGUUGCAGUUAAAGCGCAGAAAAAAAAAUCCAUUUGUCUUUUUUGAAAACUUUUAGUGUAGUUAAAUUAAUAGAUGUGUAAUAGUUUCAUGUAAAUACCAGUAUGAUGAUCAUGAGAAAUUACAUCUCAACUAUACAAAAAAAAAAAGAAUACGCAUCUCAGAUGCUUUUAGCUAGAAUUGUCUUGUCCUUUGCACAGUAUCCAAAAUAUCACGGCAAAUUUGUUGUACAGUCUAUCUGACGGAUUGUUACAUUUAAAUCACUUGUAAAUUAAAUCAAUUAAACUUAAGGAAAUAAUUUAAGAAAAGAUUUCAUGCAAUAUCCAAAGUGGUUUACUGUACCUUGUUGGGCAAUUUGUAGAUGAACAUAGUCAAGUGCCAAAGAGCACUGGGGAUAGCCCUAAUUUAAAGCAAAUUAACUUCAGUAAACUUAAAGGAAAGAAAUUUAAAAUCCAAAUAGUAAGUUGAACGGGAAGGGGUGGUUGGUGUAACAUUUUACCUUUUUUUUUUUUCUUUGUCUCCUGUUUCUAUUUCACAGUCGGAUACCCAGAGUUUAUACACUAAAUGUUUUAUUGUACAGACUUCAACAAAUACCCUCCACUGUUUCUCUUUGUCUUUUCACACAGUAUCAUUUGGUAUCAUCAAACCAGUUUUUGAAGUAUUUAUUCACUGUAGAAAAGUGUCGCCUUUGUGAUAGCAUUAGUUUCUUGUCAUAUUCAAAGGUUGAGAAGACUAAUGAAUAUUGCAGUGUUUCAUUCUUUUACUUCAUUACUAUUCCACAUUUACAUGAGUAGUUAGGCUAAUACAUUUGUUAGUAUAACCAAUGAGCUGGUUGUACCAAAGAUUUGGUCUACAAUGCACUUAUGUUUGGUUGUGACUUGAAAUUUAAAUUGUCACAAUUUAAAAGCAAACGUAUCGAAUGAGCAGGUAUUAGACUGUGGGCACCAAGACCUUCAGUCAGACAUAACUGCAGUCGUUAGUAAAUGUGUUAAUGUCACUUUAUGUGGGUUAAUCACAACUUUAAGUUGUUGCAUACUUUUGCACCUUUACUAUGUAAUAAAAAUUGAAAUACUUUUUAUCUGAGAUGCACUGCAAAGCAAAUCUGGGAGGUUGCAGAAAAGGGGCUACUCUUUUUUUAAAUUCUGUUUUCAUGACUUUAAAAGAAAGCUGUGAGAUUUUUGAACAUUUUUAGAUUUAGAAACCAUCUAUAUAGUCCAUUUGAAAGUAAUGUUGAGAUGUGUCGUGUUGUUUAGUAGCCUGAAAGUGUAUGCAAACUUGCAAUGAGGCUAUAUCACUAUAUGUCGGUAUAA